UGAAAGGUGAAUACAUUGGCUCCUUCCUGCUCCUGGAAGAGUUUGCCUGCAGGGCUCGUGGAGAUGAGGUUCGUGUGAUUAGAGGUGCAACCGGAAUAAGCUCGAUAAGUAGCACUCUGCACACCUCUUUAUCCUGUAAGUUAUCCUCUGCAGAGGAUUAGGGAUGUAAGAGAAGCAUUAAGGCUUUAAUAGCAAACAAACUGCUUUCUUUGGCUAAUGGUGCAUCUCUUGGAUCUCCAUGAUGUGGACAGUCUUCAGCCUGGUUCUUGUCAGCUCCCUUUUUGUCCUCAAAAGUGAAGCACUGCAGUGUUACACCUGUGUAGGUUCUAGUGAUGACGACUGCAACAGACAAGGAAGUCAGCAGUGUCCAGGCCAUGCAGAUGCCUGUGCAGUCAUUAGAGGACAAGCAAGUGGCAUCAUGAAGUCCUGCUCGUUCAGGUCCUUCUGCGAGCGGGCGAGGAGGGACGGCUCGAGGGCGCCCGGCGUGAGCGUCCACUGCUGCUACUCCAACAACUGCAACGCCAGGAGUCAGGCUCCCAGAGUCACCAGCUCCAGCAGCUAUUUCUCCCUCCUCGUCUUCACACUGCUCUGGCACCCCUUGUUGAAGCUGACAUGAGGGGAGAAAGAAAAAAAAAGAGUAUGCUGAAGCAACAAUUCUGCCUUCUUAGCAAGGGAUGAUAAUAUUUCCUAAUCACAUUGCUCCAUAUAUCUCACUAGGCAAAAAGCUGUAGGAAGGCCUGGCAGAUGUUUAGAUAAAAGUUGUUUCAUCUGCUAAAUAGGCCUUGAUCUCUGUGUAAGAAAUGCUGCCCUGUUGUUUAUCCUGAGGGGUUGAUUGUGCAAAUACGUAACAUUUUCCUGCAAUUUAGAUAAGGAGAAAUCUUUGCUGCAGGUAGCCUGGUAGUAAGGUAAAAGGCAAGUGUCUGCCAAAUGCUGUUUACUGUUGGCAGACAUUCAAAAGCAAGCUAAAAUUUUCAAGCACAAAGUGACUGAAAAUUCUAGCAAGCAA